UGGGUGUCCAGAAAAUGAUACGACAUUAUUACUGUUUACUUCAUUUUAUAUUACUUUACAAUGUGGCCACGGCCGUACAUAUCAAAGUACGGAUUGACAAAGAAGACGGAAAACCUGUAGAAUAUUUUGAAGAGGACUUGACAGAAGCAGAUUUCAAGAAUGACCAUCCACCAUUUGAAAUGGUUGACAGAAGUAAACGUGCCUCGUAUGAUGAUAGACCCCCUGUGCCCCAAACAAGACCCAAAAGAGAUAUAUUCGAUACGGAUUUGGAAGUGCGUAGAAAGCCAGAAUGUGAUCAAAGGAUGGCUCAGAUUGUUAAUGAAAACAAAAAGAAACCUGUCCAGUUGGCUUAUGUGGUAGAACCUGGAGAAAACCUCAAAUUAAUGUGCCAUUAUUGCGGAUCAAGUGAGAAUUACCGCGGAAUUAUUCAGUGGAAGCGACUUGUCCGCCAGAGCACUGCUUCAGGGGAAUUCCUUGUGGAGACGGUGGAGGAAGACAAUCACGACAUUCCAGCGCUGAACCGCGUACUAUUUACCUCGGAUUGGAGUCUGGUCAUCUUGAACCUCACCACUGCUGACUCGGAUACCUAUUUCUGUAUUGAUGCUUCCAAAGAUCAAGUGAUAAAAGACACGAUGGAUGCAGCUGGAAUGAAAGAAAUGUUUACAGCUGACAUGACGAAAGAAAAAUUCAGACUUUAUUACCAUUUAGACAUCGUACGAACAAGUGAUAUUCCAGCAAGAAAGGUCACAGAAACAGACAGAUUCCUGGAACCAGAAAACGACAUGACGUUAAAUCUGAGGUUUUACUCAGACUGGAAGGAAUGGAGUUCCUGUUCCGUAUGUGGUAAACCCGGAGAAAGACGGAGACGUGGUGUAUGUACGGUUCAACUGAUAAAUAAUGAACAAUACACGGAGCCGGCGUAUGUAUACUAUGCUCUGGGAACCUUUAAGAGGGGCGUUCCAUGUCGAUCUACCAUGUUUGACGUGUAUGGGGACCAGUUCACAAAGAGACCAGAUGAAAUUGCAAUAGAAGAAUGUCACAUGAAAUGCGGAAGUAAAAUUGGCUCAGUAAAAUUCUCAAGACUUAACUCCGCUGAUAUUCACUUCCAUGGAGUUGACAAGGGAGUUCCUGUUGAGAAUAUGAAUGUAAUGGAAGGAGGCUCAAAAAUCAUUAAAUGCAAAGGGGCGACUCUCGACGAUAUCGUAUACUGGUUGAACAAUUCAAAUUACAUGAUGUCCUUUUCUGUGGCCAAGAACACAUCUGGUAGAGUGACUAUUGAUGUCUAUGGCAACCUGAUGAUAACAAACGCUCAGAUGACUGAUUCCGGGCUUUUUGAGUGCUGGAUUAGAAUGAAGAAGAUUAGGGUUGUACAGUUUACAGUCACAACAAGCGAUCCUGAUGCUUGGAAGCGACACCUGAAGUAUGUGCUCUUUAGUUACUUUAUAAAUUUCUGUGUGUUCCUGGCUCUGAUACUGGUUAAACACUGGCACAGACAGGUCCAGUCGUCGCCUGUAUAUAACAACCACAUACAUAUGGAAGAUGAGGGAGAAACUGACAACUACUAUGUAGAAGAAAAGGAACAGAAUUCGAAUCUUAACGCGUUUCAUCGAUGCGAGAGCCAUGCAGGUUUCGAUGAAACAGUUGUAUUAGAUGACCUCUAUGUAGUAAGAAAUGGACAUAGCUCAAACGUUAAUGUAUAUUACCAGAAUGAGGAUUCAAAUGGAGUAGGUGAAUUACCAACACCAGGUGGCGAUGGCAAUACAUUCCUCCCAAGACGCAGAUAAACUAAAUUUGAAUUGAAAAUUUCCAGCAAAACUUCUCAAUUUCAACACAUACAGAGAAUGCUUACCGAUACAGCAACAUAUCCUGUAAAUUGAGUCCUAACAGAUUAGAAGAAAAAAAACCGGUUUUAAUUUGUAUCGACCAAUCGAAAUUCUCAUCUCAAAAACAAUGUAUUUGGCAGUAAGUGAACAAUCACCACUUUUAAAGAUAAAGAAAAACAAUUUUACAUAUAGUA